AUGAAGCCAGCAAGCAUUCCCGUGGGCUUGCUCGUGCUGGUGCAUCUGCUCCAGCUGGCCAGCGGUGAGGAUAGCCGGCUGGUUUGCUACUUUACCAACUGGUCCCCGGGCCGGGCCGGUGAGUAUGCUUUCGGUAUCGACGACAUCCCGCUCGACCUCUGCACUCACGUCACGUACACGUUUGCCGGUGUCGAUGAGCACACGUUUGAGCUGAAACCCACCAUUCGCGAGUUCGAUGUGCUCCAGCAGGGUUACGAGCGGUUUGCUAACCUCAAAAAGGUGCGACCCAACGUCAAGCUGUCACUGGCCGUCGGAGGCUGGGCACAUGGUGCUGUACCGUUCCAGAAGAUGGCCGCAACUCUCACCGGACGUGAGACAUUUAUCGCGAGCACCAUCGAGUUUAUGCAACGGUACAGUUUCGACGGGAUCGAGAUCGUGUGGCUGUAUCCGGGCAGUCCGGAUCGGGGCGGAACAACUGCCGACAAGGACAAUCUGUACGUGCUGCUGGCCGAGUUGAAGAGUGGUUUCCGGGAGGCCGGUUUUGAGUCAUGGGAGGUGGCCGUUCAAGUGCCACUCGAUCGGUACCGGAUCGAGGUGGGCUAUCACCAGAACCGACUGUGCAGGGUGGCUGAUUUUGUGCACGUGACUGGAUACGACCUGCGUGGUUCCUGGAAUGGGUUUGCUGAUGUUCACAGCCCAAUGAGUAACCGGCCGUUUGAUACGGACGCGUUGAAGGACCUGAACGUGAAGGGUGGCGUACAGCACUGGCUGAAGAAUGGUUGUCCUGCUAGAAAGAUCGUCCUCGGAGUGCCGUUGUUCGGGCGUACGUAUACCCUGGAGAACACCGACAAUCACGAGCUGGCGGCGAGAGUCAGUGGCCCGGGAAAUGCAGGACCACAUACGGCCGAAUCCGGCUACCGAGGGUACUUUGAGAUCUGUGCCGAACAGCAGCAGCAGCAGUCCCAGUGGACGACCGACUGGGAUGAUCGAGGUCUGUGUCCUUUCGCGUACCGUGACAAUCAGUGGGUCGGGUACGAAAAUAAUAUCUCACUCACCGAGAAGGCCAGCUACGCCCGGCACCAGGGUUUGGCGGGUAUGUACGCUUUCUCGCUCGAUUUGGAUGACUACCGGGGUAAGUGUGGGUCACGGUACCCUUUGCUGACCGCGUUGCGAAAUGCGUACAAACCACGGCAACUCUGUGCGGUGGAUGAGGAUCCUGGCUUUGCAUUCUUCCGUGAGCCCUGUGAUGUGGCAUAGCGCCUGUGGAAUGUUUCAUGCACAGCACAUUCGAGGUCACAUUU